CAUAAUUUAGAAUAGUUUAUACAAAUGCUUCUAAAAUAUAACUAAAAUAUUGCAAGGGAUAAUCAAGGAAUAGCAAUCAUAGAAUGUAGGACCUACUCCUAUUGAGAUAGUCGUGUUCUGAAAUUGAAUUUCAUCCAAUUAUUGAUGCUAUUUAGGGUGUUGUUUUAGAAAAUUAGUUUAAAAUAGUACGAUAGAAGUGAUAAAAGGACUUAGAGUAGUAAUUAUUAAUUUGUUAUUCGAAUUGUCGAUUUGUUUUGUUGGAUGUGAAAAAUUGGAGAAAUUAUAAGGGUUAACUCUUUUGAUUGGAAAAAUGAAAUAAUUAGAGUGAGAAUGAUUAGAAGGGGCAGUUUCUCGAGGUAAUGGGAAAGACAUGCUCAAAAAUUUGU